UCCGCCGUAUGGACUCCUCCUCGGAAUGGGCGGUCGCGCCCGCGGUCUCCGCACCCUCCACGUCGACUAUGUCGCCCGGCGCCAUACUCACAAUGUCGGCCAUCUUCCUGCUGUUCCUGACCUUGGCUCUCGUCAUCAUCUACCUCCAGUACUACUUCAACACCAACUUCCGGCCGGGGCCGAGCGGUGGCGUGGUGGCGGUUCCGGGUGCCAGGGACAAGGGCGUCGACCCUGAGCUGCUGCGAUCGCUGCCGGUCACGGUGUACCGUGCGGUGGUGCCGAAGGGCUUCGCCGCGGAGGACGUCAGGGUGGAGUGCGCGGUGUGCCUGUCCGAGCUCGAGGACGGGGAGGAGGCGAGGUUCUUGCCCCGGUGCGGGCAUGGGUUCCACGCCCAGUGCGUCGACAAGUGGCUGGCAUCCCACUCCACCUGCCCGCUCUGCCGUGUCACCGUCGCCAAGCACGACGAGUCGCUGACUGCUUCGACGAGUCUCCCUCCCGUAGCGCCCGAGCCGGCGAACCUGCCGGCGAGUGUGCUGAUCGGGGUUUCAGACCAGGCCACGCUCACCGCGGUCACCGUGACCUCUGACGGAGUGCUGGUGAUCGACAUUCCGGAUUCGAGGACACCGGCGACUCCGCGCGACGGGACCAAGACGCCGAGGCUGAGGUCGCUUAAGAAGCUGUGGAGCUUCGGGAGGCAAGGGCCGUCGGGGUCGACUCCGUUCUAUUCCUGGGGCAGCGGCAGCGGAUCAGCAGGCGCCGAGCAGAUUAUUAACAUCACCCCCGCAACCCCGAGAGCUCAUCUGUAGUUUAGAGCCGAAAUUGCCAACUCUUACAUAUUCACAUGUUGGCACGAGACAGUCACAUGGACAUUGAGAUUGAUGUUCUUCGAUAGCUGUACCUCCCUAAGAGCAUGUCUAACGUAUCCUGUAUUUGCUCGUCCCGUAGGGCGAAUACAGGGCCUGUAUCAAAA